AUGCUUGUUGGUGAACUUGAUGAAAAUUUAAAAAGAGAAAAAUUACAAGCAGCUUGUGUCCGAAAACAGAAAGAGAAGGGUGUCACUGAUAAAAAACUGGAAGAAAAAUGUGUGCAGUUGGAAAAUCUGAAAACAGAAUUAGAAAAGCUGUACAGUUUAUCACAGGAACUUCAUACGACAAAGGCUAAAUGUGAAGCAGAAAACAAAUCUGUGAAGACAGACAUAGAACAAAUUAAGACAGACAUAGAUGCACCAACACAAGCCAAACAAGAGUUACAGUACCUGAAUAAAGCAAGUGAUAUAUUUAGCAGUAUGCUGGGACUUACUUUCAAGAAAACACAUGGAGGAAGAAUCCAGGUGAUUUUCACACAUAUAGAUGAAAAAGAUCCUCUGAUGGCUUUUUAUUUUUUCCUACAAAUACAAGGGCCAAGCAGAAAAUACGUUGUGACUGAUGCGGAGCCAUCAAUUGAUGGUGUAGAUGAUCUUGUAACACAGUUGAAUGAAACAAACAACUUGAGACACUUUAUGUUGGCUAUGAGGAACAAAUUCAAAGACACUGUGGAAGACAGAUGAUUGCUUAUAUUGUGCUUAUAUCGUGUGACCUGUCUGACAGAUGAUUGCCUAUAUUAUGUUACCCAUCUGACAGAUGUUUAUCUGUAUUAUGUAACCUUUUAGACAGAUGAUUGCUUCUGUUGUGUUAUCUGUCUAACAGAUAAUUGCCUAUAUUGUGCUAUCAAUCUGACAGAUGAUUGCUUAUAUUUUGCUAUUUAUCUGACAUAUGUUUUUAUCUAUUGUGUAACCUUUUAGACAGAUGAUUGCUUCUGUUGUGUUAUCUGUCUGACAGAUGAUUGCCUGUAUUUUGCAAUCUGUCUGACAGAUGAUUGCCAUUAUUGUGAAACCUAUUUGACAGAUGAUUGCUUAUAUUUUGUUACCUGUCUGACAUAUGAUUUACAAUAAUGUGUUACCUGUCUAAUGAAUUUCUGUUAAGUGUAUUGCCAAAUUUGUUCCAUGAUUUAGAUGCUGCAUGGAAAUUUAUGUACUGUGCACUUCGAUAAUUACUUCCGCUACAAGAAAUGCAACAUAAACAUAGACAUUUAUUGUGUUUUCAUGAAUUUCAUUCAUCACCUUACAAUGAACAGAGGAAUUGAUACAGUAUUUAAGGAAUAAAGUUUCUGUUUAUACAUACAA